GACAUUAAAGAGUGAGUUAGACAUUAAAAAAAAAAUAAUAAUAAUCUGAGUUAGACGGCGAAGCCCUUUAUUAAUUAGUCGCAGCUGCAGUGAAGAAGAGCAGCAAGACACAGCAUGGAAGCGACUCUCUUGUACACCAUUCUUGCUCUGUCUUUCAUCUUCCUAAUCCUCAAAUACUUGUCAAGACACAAGUAUCACCUGCCCCCCAGCCCAGCCCCACCGCUUCCCCUAUUCGGCCACCUCCACCUCUUAAAACAUCCUCUCCACCGCACCUUCCGCCGCUUCUCUCAAACACACGGCCCUAUUUUCUCACUCAAACUCGGUGUCCGCCGCGUCGUGGUGGUAUCAUCUCCUAAUUUAGUGGAGGAAUGCUUCACCAUAAACGACGUCAUCUUCUCCAACCGGCCGCGGGUCCUGGUGGACAAAUACAUAGGCUACGACCACACCACCGCAGCCGGCGCCCCGUACGGCCACCAGUGGCGCGGCCUCCGACGGUUAGGGGCUCAGGAGGUGCUCUCCGCCACCCGUCUCAAUUCGUUCUCACGUGUCAGACAAGACGAAAUGAGGCGAAUGAUGGGAAACCUAAUUGGCGGAAAUGAAUCUGGGAAGUUGGAAUUGAGGCCGAAAGUGUUCGAACUUAUAUUCAACAUAAUAAUGAGGAUGCUAGCGGGGAAACGGUAUUGUGGUGAGGAAAAGGAGAAUGAACAAUUAGGGGAGCAAUUCAGGGGGAUGGUGAGCGAGGUUUUCGAGCACGCGCAGUCGUCUAAUCCAGAGGAUUUUCUGCCAUUUUUGCUGUGGAUUGAUUACAGAGGUUUGAAGAAGAAAAUGGCUUCUCUUGGCAAAAAACUUGAUGAUUUUUACCAAGGUUUACUGGAGGAGCACCGCAGAGAGAAGAGGAAUACUAUUAUUGGGCAUUUGCUCUCUCUGCAAGAAUCAGACCCUGAAUUCUACACCAAUCAGAUCAUCAAAGGAUUUAUGACCAACAUGAUAAUUGCGGGCACUGAUACAUCAACUGUAACCAUAGAAUGGGCAAUGUCCCUUUUGCUCAACCAUCCACAAGUACUCCAGAAGGCUAAACUGGAGUUGGAUUCACAAGUUGGACAUCAUCGUUUGGUGGACGAACAAGAUUUGCCCAAUCUACAUUACCUUCGAAACAUCAUUUUAGAGACGUUCCGUUUGUUCCCAGCCGGACCCUUGGUGGUGCCCCGGGAGUCAUCUGCUGACUGUAGAGUCGGGGGAUAUGACAUUCCACGUGGGACCAUAUUAUUGGUUAAUGCGUGGGCCAUUCACAGGGACCCUGAGGUUUGGUCCGAGCCAAUGAGCUUCAAGCCCGAGAGAUUUGAUGGGAAAGAGGUGGAAACACAGAAGUUGAUGCCGUUUGGGAUGGGAAGGAGGGCGUGCCCGGGGGCUGGUUUGGGGCAGCGGAUGGUGGGGUUGGCUUUGGCUUCGUUGAUUCAGUGUUUCGAAUGGGAGAGAGUGGGGUUGGAGGAAGUUGAUUUAGCUGAAGGAGUUGGGCUAACUAUGCCCAAAUUUAAGCCGCUGGAGGCUGUGUGUAGACCAAGACAAGUCAUGCUUAAGGUUCUUCAGGAAUCAACUGACUUUACCCCUUAAGGUUAUUGCUUGAACUCAGAUACCCUGUCUGAAUUCUGGAUAUCCGCUGCACUAUUGUAUCCAUAUAUAGAAUAGUUUUAAGGACGAAGGAGAGCGAUGCUACUAUAUUUAGUUUGCAAGGAUAGACUUGUAUGGAAGUAUAUGUGAGAAUAGAUGCAACUCAAAUAUACUUUCUUCAUAUUAUUACACAAAUAUAUUGCAUUCAGGGGUUGCUCCAGGUCAUAAAGUUAAAACUGGAAACUUAUUCUCACACACUCGCAUACUAUUGGGAGGGCAAGUUCAAGUUAGACGACAUAAACCCAUGAUAGAGCCCAGAGAA